GAGUCUCACCGGGCACGGUGGCUCACGCUUGUAUUCCCAGCACUUUGGGAGGCCGAGGUGGGUGGAUCACAAGGUGAAGAGAUCGAGACCAUCCUGGUCAACAAGGUGAAACCCCGUCUCUACUAAAAAUACAAAAAUUAGCUGGUCAUGGUGGUGCGCGCCUGUAGUCCCAGCUACUCGGGAGGCUGAGGCAGGAGAAUUGCUUGAACCCAAGAGGCGGAGGUUGCGGUGAACCAGGAUUGCGCCAUUGCACUCAAGCCUGGGUAACAACAGCAAAACUCUGUCUCAAAAAAAAAAACAACAGAAAAACAGAGUCUCACUCUUUCCCCCAGGCUGGAGUGCAGUGCUGCAGUCUUGGGUCACUGCAACCUCUGCCUCCUGGGUUGAAGCAAUUCUCAUGCCCCAGCCUUUGGAAUAGCUGGGAUUAUGGGCGUGUGCAACCACGCCCAGCUAAUUUUUGUGUUUUUAGCAGAGACAGGGUUUCACCAUGUUGGCCAGGCUGAUCUUGAACCCAUGACCUCAAGUGAUCUGCCUACCUUAGCCUCUGAAAGUUCUGGGCCACUGUGCCUGGCCCAGAACCACUAACUCCUGAGCACUUGGAAUAUGUCUAGUGUGGUUGGGAAACUGAAUUUUUAUCUAACCUUGUUGUUAAUAAUCUGUACCACCUACUUAGGAGGCUGAGGUGGGAGGAUCGCUUGAGCCCAGGAGUUCUGGGCUGUAGUGCGCUGUGCCCAUCACGUCUGCACUAAGUUUGGCAUCAGUAUGGUGACCUCUCGGGAGCGGGGGGACCACCAGGUUGCCUAAGGAGGGGUGAAUCAGCCCAGUGGGAAACAGAGCAGGUCAAAAUUCCCAGGCUGAUCAGUAGUGGGAUCGCGCCUAUGAAUAGCCACUGCACUCUAGCCGGAGGAACAUAGUGAGACAUCCGUCACUAAAAAAAAAAAAAAAAAAAAAAAAAAAAUCUAAAUGUAAAUAGGCAUAAGUGAAAGAGGGCCAGAGAGAUCAAACAGGGGCUUGUCUUGAUUUUCCAGACCCAGCAGACCUUUGCCCUGUUAAUCGUUAUAUUAUUUUGAGGGAGAGAUCGACGAUAGCCCUGAUAUCAGCCCUCUGCAAUAUGAACAGGUUUCUUCUGGUUGGACAUGUUUUUAUGGCCUUUGGGAGAGCUGAAAAAAGUAUGGAGUCUUCUGCUGCUACUUUUCCAGUUAGCAAAUGUACUUAAUUACCCCAAUAAUAUAAGAAUACAUAGUUGUCAUGAAAAAUAUAGAAUUUAUAGAGUAAAAAGUGAAAAUACCCCUCCCCAGAGGCCGCCGAACACUUAACCCCACGGUUUACAGCCUAUUUGACCGCUUCUUUCAGAGAAAGUGACCUUUCUCUGUGCACUUACAUGGUCUUGCUUGAUAUUUCAUAAUCUGGAUUUUUAGUGAUCUAGCCUGGGAUCCCUGUUGAUGGACAUUCAGAUUUCCUCUCAUUUCCUUCCUUUAUAAACAAUGCUGGCUGGGUGCAGUGGCUUAUGCCUGUAAUCCCAGGGCUUUGGGAGGCUAAGGCUGGUGGAUUGCCUGAGGUCAGAAGUUUGACACCAGCCUGGCCAACAUGGAGAAACUCAGUCUCUACUAAAAAUACAAAAAAUUAGCUAGCCAUGGUGGUGGGCGCCUGUAACCCCAGCUACUUGGGAGGCUGAAACAGGAGAAUCGCUUGAACCUAGGAGGCAGAGGUUGCAGUGAGCUGAGAUCCUGCCAUUGCACUCCAGCCUGGGCAACAAGGGCGAAACUCCAUCUCAAACAAAACCAAAAACAGAGUGUGAGGGGAGCGGCGUGAAGAGCAGAUGCCACCACCACCACCACCACCACCACCGCCAUAGACACACUCGUCCCACAGGCCACGCCUGGGCCUUGCUGCCAGGAAGCUUCGGCCCUGCAGCUCCGCUUGCUGCUGUCUCGGGUUUCUUUACCUCCAGAAAGAAGAAGAUUGACCCCUCGAAUUCUGGAAGUUCAUUGAAGAGUCUGAAAUUAGGGAUUUAUUUCAAAUUUGGGCAUGGCUAAUCGAGGUGCAACAAGACCCAACGGGCCAAAUACUGGAAAUAAAAUAUGCCAGUUCAAACUAGUACUUCUGGGAGAGUCUGCUGUUGGCAAAUCAAGCCUAGUGCUUCGUUUUGUGAAAGGCCAGUUUCAUGAAUUUCAAGAGAGUAUCAUUGGGGCUGCUUUUCUAACCCAAACUGUAUGUCUUGAUGACACUACAGUCAAGUUUGAAAUACGGGUUACAGCUGGUCAAGAACGACACCAUAGCCUAGCACCAAUGUACUGCAGAGGAGCACAAGCAGCCAUAGUUGUAUAUGAUAUCACAAAUGAGGAGUCCUUUGCAAGAGCAAAAAAUUGGGUUAAAGAACUUCAGAGGCAAGCAAGUCCUAACAUUGUAACAGCUUUAUCAGGAAACAAGGCUGACCUAGCAAAGAAAAGAGCAGUAGAUUUCCAGGAAGCACAGUCCUGUGCAGAUGACAAUUGUUUAUUAUUCAUGGAGACAUCAGCUAAAACAUCAAUGAAUGUAAAUGAAAUAUUCAUGGCAAUAGCUCAAAAAUUGCCAAAGAAUGAACCACACAAAAUCCAGGAGCAAAUUCCGCCAGAGGAAGAGGAGUAGACCUUACUGAACCCACACAACCAACCAGGAGUCAGUGUUGUAGUAACUAAACCUCUAGUUUGAACUAGCUGGAAUAGUCUUCUGCUUCCUAAAUGUUAGUAACAAUGGAAUUGGAGCAUUUAACCAGCCCACUAUGACUUCCAAAAGAAGAGACUUACGAUAGAGUCAAGUUUCUAAUACGGAAUUAUUUUAAGUGUUUUGAACUUAAUUUUUAAUAACAUGCAUGGGUCCCUCUCACUAAUGUUUCAGCAAUAGGGAAAUAUGAGAACUGUGUGGACAGUUGUUUCAUUGGAAGAUUAGGGGAAAUCAUUUCCCAUCACUAGAAAUAUAGACAAAUGACUGUCUGGACCCACACAGUUAACCAGCCUAUUUCUCCACACUGGUAGAGUAGUCACCUGUGAAAAAAUUUUGGAACUUACUAAUUGGGGCUUUUCAAAAACAUUCUUUUUUUAGAAGGAGAUGCUAAAGUUACUUAUGACGCUUAGCUAUAGUAUUCAGGCAAAUGUUCAUUUCUCCUGGUACCUGUGUUUAAAAUGUACAUUCCACAUUUUAAUGAAUUAACCACAAGAAAAUAAUCCCACAUAUACAAGGUGGGGGUCAGGGGGCAGGGAAGAGUAUUAAUGGCAUCUAAAUUAUAGCCAGUCCUGUUUUUUUUAAUGGGGUAAAAAAGAAAUGCAACCCCAUCUUGUUUUAGGAAUUUGAGAACUAAUAAAUGCAUCUUAAUGG